UCGUUGAUAAGGCGGCCUGGCGUGGAUUCCGACUCAGGAGUCAUCAGUCAUCGCACUGCUUACGACGAAGGGAAGAAGGAGGGCUCGCGAGUGACGUCGUCGUUUCGGGGUUUCGUUUCCCAUUGAGAUCGAGCCGUUUUCGUCGGACGGAGGUGGCGAGGGUUCGACGUUGGAUUGUCGUCGUUGGAAGGAGUUCCGCCCGGCCUCUGACUCAUCCCCAGCCCGUAUGGAGCCCGACGCCCCGAGGGAAGGCGUUAGGCCCGGCGAUUUGUAAGCCUUUUUAAGUUCCGUUCCAGUCGACGACCGUUGCACUUUGCCGUUUAUUCGCCCAUUGAUGGUCCGCUAUUCGACAGAUACGAAAAUGGAGCCGACUUUUUACGAAGAGCACUCUUACGACGGCAACAACCCGAGAGAGGCGUUGAAAAGGAACAUGACGUUAGAUCUGAACGGUAGGAACGGGAAAAUGUUUAAAUUGAAUCCGGCCGUGACCGGAGCUCCCGUACUGUCUUCUCCGGACUUAAACAUGCUCAAACUGGGCUCUCCCGAGCUGGAGAGGCUCAUCAUCGACCAACAGAACGGCAUCGGGGGGAACAGCGGCCUACCGACUCAGAUACUCUUUCCGAAGAACGUCACCGAAGAGCAGGAGAUCUACGCGCGAGGUUUCGUCGAAGCGCUCAACGAGCUGCACCACAGCGAUUCUUCCCAGAGCGGGAUGCAGCACGCCGAGGCCUCCAGCGAUUCCUCUGUGAUGGCGUACCACCCGCUCGAAACCCACUACAGGCCCAACUACGCCUUCGCCGUCUCUCCUCCCGGCUCUUCGAUCAAAGAAGAGCCGCAGACAGUACCGGAUUCUCCCCCUGUCUCUCCGUUGGACAUGGAAUGCCAAGAGAAGAUCAAACUCGAAAGGAAAAGGUACAGGAACAGAGUCGCCGCUUCUAAAUGCAGGAAGAGGAAAUUGGAAAGAAUUGCCCUUCUCGAAGGGAAAGUCAAAAUGUUGAAAAGUGAAAAUGCAGAGUUGUCCCAGUCGGUCAGCUCGUUGAGGGAACGCGUAUAUCGUCUCAAACAGGAGCUCAUGCAGCACGUCCAAUGCGGCUGCAACGUCGUCUUCGCCCCUCACCACCAACAACAAGCCUAAGUAUUUUACUCUCUCCAUUUUGCACCAUUUAAAUAUUCAUGUCGGUAAAUAAACUUUUAUGAAAAGUUUAUCUCGCUUUCAAACAAUAUGAUAAAAAUGGAGUUUUAUUUCUUUCGCCUUAUUUGUACAAUCUGGUGUUAUUUUUUGGGUGGCCUCUAAAGUCAAAAAAUAACACCAGAUAAAAAUUUAUGUCAAAUUUUCUGGAUUAGUUAAAAUUUCACAUUCCAGAUAUGUAAGAGUAAGAAUUUAUUUUUUCCUGUAGUAAAUCAUAACGGAAUGAGAACAGGAAAAAUGAAAAUUACUCAACCGUAAAUGUCUUUUAACUGGUGCAAUUUGUGAAAAACUUUUUUUUUUAAGUAAA